CAUCAUAGCCUAGACUUCAUGCACGAGACGCACACAGCAACAUGGCAGACAGACGGAUUUUUAUGGAAAUAUCUGAAGUCGAAGAUUUCCUUAGGAAUCCUCCACAUGGAUUUAGAGUGCAAAGUCGGGAGUCCGGACACACACUGGUGAAGUCCGACCCAAAUAACUGUUGCGUGUUCAUCGACGAAUUUCACUCGAACAACAGAAAAGUUAUCUUCCAGUUCUCAACGGGAAGAGAGUUCGUGGUCAACAAUCUGGGCAGCUAUUCAAAGAUGAGGAAAAAAAUAACUUCACAACAAAUGUAUCUGCUGGCAUCUGCUAGUGAUAUCUGUUCACUAAAGGGUGAAAAACUAUCUCGAACUGCUGAAGGGAGCACAUACUUUAUAGUGAUGUUAAAUGGGAAACACCCCUUUGUCAAAUGGCAAAUGGAACAAGUACUAGAUCGGGCAAUUUCUUCAGUGGCAGGAGAAAGCUACAACGUGGAAAUCGACCUGAGCCAAGCAUUGCAGAGUUGGGUGGGGAGAAGGGAAAAUGUUCUUCCCAGUGGUUUUAAGGGGAAGUCUUGGACAGAUUGUUCCUUUACCCUCAAGUACCAUUCGGAUGCCCUGUUCGACAUUCCCUUCUGGUGUGGUCUGAGUAACCGCCAUUUUAAGAUAACUUAUGAAUAAUGACACUUGAAGGCAAAGCUUCUCCCUUAGGUGGACGUGGAUGUCAUACAGGCAACUGCCAAAAUCUCUGGUUUACUCCGACAAGCAUGCAUUUCAUAUAAGGAUUUAUAAGCAUUUUAUUUUUGAUGGAUAUUGGUGAUACUUUUGCAUUAUAUGUCAUUUUGUACAGUUGUAGCCUUAUAAUUAAAUGUCUUUUGGCAUCUGCUCAAUGAAUAAUGUUACAUGUAAAUGUAAAUGAAGACUGAUGGAUCAGAAUAAGAUUCUAUUCACUGAUGUAAAUAAACUUGAAUGUAAACUUU